GUAUUAACUGUGAGUGUGGUAUAUGCAGCUGUUCAAUUCGAACAGUUCUAUCCAAUAGUAGUACACCUGUCGCAAGAUAAGAUAUCGUUGGCGAUAAUUUACAAUUUUGCUUUCGGCCUGAUAGUACUCAUGAAUAAACUACUACUGCGGCUAUUUGUUGGGCAUCUUCGUGAUUUAGAAGUCGAACAACUUAUCGACUCGGGUCGUGGCUUUGUAGCUGACACUAUACUAUUCCUGGUCUUCUAUUCUCCUACCAUUAACGAUAGAGAGGUUAGUACAGUCCAGCUUGUGAGGUAUGUGUGCCUCGCUAUAUGCCUAAAGGUAUUCCAUCUAGUAGCACAAAUACGUGUUGGACAUAUCUUCGAGCUGGGCUUCACAAGCUUCUCCUCCCUGGUGAGACUAGCAGGGCUUAUUUUCCUAUGUGGUAUGCUUGAUAUGAUAGGGAUAUCGACGUUCUAUGGCCUUUCAAGUGCACACUCUUCCUUCUAUACUUGGUGCCUGUUCGAGGCAGUGACUAUGGGACUAACAGCAUUGACUACUGCGACUAAGUUCAUCAUCCAUCUCGUGGACAUGCGUUUAGAACAUGGUUGGACUAGUAAAACACAGUUCAUAUUCCAUGUGGAUCUGUGGGGAGAUGUCGGGCAGAUGACCACUUACCUG